AUGGGUGUCACCGGUCUUUGGACCGUAGUGCAACCUUGCGCUCGACCCAUCAAACUCGAAACUCUUAAUAAAAAGCGCCUGGCCGUCGACGCGUCUAUAUGGAUCUACCAAUUCCUCAAGGCAGUGCGUGAUAAGGAGGGAAACGCACUGCGCAAUUCACACGUUGUCGGCUUCUUCCGCCGGAUAUGCAAACUAUUAUAUUUCGGAAUUCGACCGGUCUUCGUCUUCGAUGGCGGCGCCCCGGCCUUAAAACGACAAACCAUCGCGGGCAGAAAAAAAAGACGGGAAGGUCGCCGAGAAGAUGCGACGCGGACAGCAGGAAAGUUGCUCGCUGUGCAGAUGCAGCGUAGCGCCGAGGAAGAAGCUGAAACGCGACGCCGAGAAAAGAAACGCCAACAAGAGGAAGAAGAGGUCACUGAAGCACCCGUCUAUGUAGAUGAAGCUAUGAUGAACGAGAAAGAGAAACAACAGACUCGCAAGUUCAAGAAGAAAGACGCCUAUCAUCUGCCAAAUCUUGACGUCUCCUUGGAAGAGAUGGGUGCUCCAAAUGACCCCCGCAUUAUGUCACAAGACGAGCUCGAGGAAUAUGCGAGGCAAUUCCAUCAGGGCCAGGAUAUCAAUCUCUACGAUUUCUCAAAGAUCGACUUUGAUAGCCAAUUUUUUCUUAGUCUACCGGCUACCGAUCGUUAUAAUAUCUUGAACGCGGCACGACUUCGGAGUCGACUACGAAUGGGUUAUUCGAAGGAGCAGCUUGAUACCAUGUUUCCAAACCGUAUGGACUUCUCGAGGUUUCAAAUCGAAAGAGUAAAAGAGCGCAACGAUUUAACCCAGCGACUAAUGAAUAUCAACGGGAUGAAUGGCGAAGAGGCAUUCUACAACUCUGGCCAGAGAAUCGCCGGAGAGCGUGGCAGGGAAUACGUUCUCGUCAAAGAUAGCCAGCACGAAGGUGGCUGGGUUCUGGGUGUUGUUGGGAACAAGAAUGAAGGCUAUGAAGACAAACCCAUUGAUGUUGAUCAAUAUGGCCAACCAGAGUUUCUCUCGGGGUCCGAGGACGUGUCGGACGAAGACGAGUUCGAGGAUGUUCCGAUUGAAGGCCUCAACAGACUUCCCAAACUCCCUUUCUUGCAAGAAGGUGCCUUUGAUCAGUCUCUUGAGCAAGCGCAGGAGGACGCUCGCAUGCAAAGAGUACUGUGGGAAUCACGCAAAUCUGAGGCCGGGCGAGCACGAGCUGAGGCCGAGGAGGACGCGCUUUUUGUCCAGGGUGAUGAUAACGUCCUCCCGCAAUCGGACACCGGAUUGUUCGAGGAAGAUGACGAUGAACUCAGAGAAGCAAUCGCACUCUCGUUGCAACCUCAUGAGGAACAUGAUGAGGAUAUGCCUGAUAUUCCGAUCAACCGACCGACCACCUCAGCAGCCGCUCCUGCACCUAUGAUGGACAUGCCAAUUGAAAGCGACGAUGAUGACGAUGGAAUGGAUUUCACAGCCGCCAUCGCGCAGACAAAGCUCGUCAAGGACAAACCUCGUCCGCGUGUGGAGAACCCAUUCAACGGCCCUCUCCCAUUUGAGUCUGUUCAGCUUAAUAAGGCCCCUCGGCCAGCCAAGCAAGCAAAGCCCGAUGAACAUGCCGGUGGCUUCAUGAAAGACUCCGACAAGGCGAAGAAAAAGACUGAACCGCCUCCCCCUUGGUUUGUUGGCGAACGCCUAAAUGAAAAAUUCUUCAUAGAUACCACACGCGAGGAGGCUCAAGAUGAAGACGGCCAUGAUGCAGAUGAACCUGAUCAUUUCUUUCUGUCCAAUCGUCGAUCACCAGAAAUUAUCGAUGUUGACGACCUCUCCGAAACAAAAGAAGUGAUUACGCUCGAGGCGGACAAACCUGAAAAGGAAGAACCCGUGUCUCAAACGCAUUUCGAGAUCCCUCCAACUGACCAACUGGAGACUACCAAAGAGGAGCCAGUCUUUGAACCAUUGGUGGAAAGAGCAAAAUCCGAGACAGCGACCAAACCCUCUGAUACUCAAGAGGCAAAUGGCAUUAAAGCAUUCCAAAAAUCGAUUCCUGAACAAGCGGGAGUGCCUCAACAGCAAAGACAACCCGUCAAUAUUGAGCCAUCUCCCGAGCCAUCCCCCGAACCCGAGUUUGAGGAUGUGUUAACUGAGGCACCUGUGCCGGUUUCUGCUACACCCGCACCUGCACCUGCACCUGCGCCGGAAAUCGUCGUGGUCUCCAACCAGCACUACGAGUCUCAAGGGCCGGUUCAACCCCCGAUUGUGAUGGAAGACGAUGGCGAAUACAGCGACCCGGAAGAUGAAGAACUUCUCAGGCAGCUUGCGGCCGAGUCGGAGGAGCACGUCCGAUUUGCCCAAGUUUUGAACUCGGCGGCGCCCAUCCAGGACGCACUUGAUUAUGAACAAGAGCUCAAGCAGCUGCGUAAUCAGCACCGCAAGGACCAACGUGAUGCAGAUGAGGUGACCCAAAUCAUGAUCAACGAGUGCCAGCAAUUACUACGGCUAUUUGGGCUGCCCUAUGUCACCGCGCCCAUGGAAGCGGAAGCACAGUGUGCGAAGCUUGUUACCCUGGGACUUGUGGAUGGUAUUGUGACGGACGAUAGCGAUAUUUUCCUCUUUGGUGGGAACCGAGUCUACAAGAACAUGUUCAACCAAAGCAAGUUUGUGGAAUGCUAUCUAACCUCCGACCUGGAGAAGGAGUAUGCCCUCCACCGGCAAAAACUCAUUAAUUUUGCACACCUUCUAGGCAGUGAUUAUACCGAGGGUAUUCCCGGCAUUGGACCAGUCACCGCAUUGGAGAUCAUCACCGAGUUUGGCAGCCUGGAGGAGUUCCGCGACUGGUGGUCGCAGGUGCAGAUGGGGGUCAACAACCCUGACGAUGCCCACCUUGCGUUUAGAAAGAAGUUCCGAAAGAAAGCGUCCAAGAUCUUCCUGCCUCCUGCAUUUCCCGACCUACGGGUAGACGAGGCGUACCUCGAGCCCGAGGUCGAUGCAGACGCCUCGCCCUUCCAGUGGGGAGUUCCGGACUUGAAUGGACUACGGAAUUUCCUCAUGGCGACAAUCGGCUGGAAUCCGGAACGCACAGAUGAGGUUCUUGUGCCGGUCAUUCGGGAUAUGAAUCGACGAGAGCAAGAAGGUACGCAGUCGAAUAUUACACAGUUCAUGGCAGGCCCACAAGGGGCUGGAGCAUUUGCGCCACGUGUGCGUGGUGCUGGGCCCAGUCGGAUGGAGAAAGCAUUUGGGCGACUCCGACAAGAAGCGCAAACUCUGACGGGGAGACAAUCUCGUGGCGGUGAGCCUUUAGAAAGUCCAGGGCUCGAACCUGAGGCUGGGGGUGCUGCUACAAGCCAAGGCAAGCGUGUGGCACCCGCUACGAAGAAGGGAGAUGGUAAGAGCCGAGGAAGCAGCAAGAAACGUAAAACACAAGGCUCUUGA